AUUCUAGAUUCGAUAAUCUCUUGUCGAAUUGGACGAGAAUAAGAAAAUCGGGGUAUUAUUUUGCCGGCAUAGUCGAUUCCAGUCAGUUUAUCACAGUAUUUCGUGCAAGACAGAUCGAAAUGAGGCUGUUAUUUGCUUGUUUAGCCUUGUAUCUAGCUGUGGUUAGCACGGGCGAGGCCAAAACAGAUUCGCAGAAAGCGUCAAGAGUGGUUUGCUAUUAUAAUUCUGCGGCCCACACCAGAGAUGGCCAGGCAAAGUUCACUCUUGCUGACCUCGAGUCUGCUCUUCCAUAUUGCACCCAUGUAAUCUACGGUUUUGCUGGUAUCAAUGAGAAAUUCAAGAAAGUGAUGCCCUUGAACGAAAACUUUGAUGUCACUCAACAACAUUACAAAAAAGUGAUAGCUACCAAAGACCAUCUAAAUAAUAAAUAUGCUAAGCCCAAAUUCAUCCUUUCUGUUGGUGGUGGUGCAGAUCUCAGUGGAGAAGGUGAUGAAAAGAAUAUUCAAUACAGGGAUUUGCUUGAAUCUUCAGCUCUUCGUACAACUUUCGUGAAUUCUGCAUAUGAUAUCGUGAAGAGAUAUGGAUUCGAAGGUAUUGACUUGGCAUGGGAAUUCCCAGAGACUAAACCAAAAAAGAUUCGUUCAAAGAUCGGUUCCUUCUUCCACAACUUGAAAACCAAGGUAAUUGGUCCCUCUGUCAUCGAUAAAAAAGCAGAAGAACAUCGUGAACAAUUCGUAGCCUUGGUGAGGGAACUGAAGAGAACUUUUGCCAUGGACAACCUCAUGGUAACAGUAACAGUUUUACCGAAUGUCAACAGUACAGUAUAUUACGAUCCCAAGCUCAUAGCACCUCAUGUGGACUUCGUGAACCUUAUGGCAUAUGAUUUUUACACCCCUGAGCGUAAUCCUGAAGAAGCAGAUAACACAUCUCCAUUGUUUGAGUUGGUUGAUAGAAGAACAGAUGAAAAUGUGGAUUUCCAAGUCAAUUACUGGACUAGAAACGGAGCUCCAUCUUCUAAAAUCGUGCUAGGCAUACCAACAUUCGGAAGAACUUGGAAGAUGACCGAAGAUUCCAACACCAACGGAAUUCCUCCUCUAACUGUUGAUGGACCAGGGGAACAAGGACUCUUCACCAGAGAUGCUGGAAAACUGGCUUACUUCGAAAUUUGCCAAAUGGUUGAAACAGCAACUAAGCCUCAAAUACCUGUUCCAACUCUUCCAACAACUUCCUUCGUUAUAGAGAAAGACACCAGUCGCAGAAGAGGACCCUACGCCUUCUUGAUCCCAGAAUCAAAUAAAAAGGGCACCUGGAUCUCCUACUCGAAUCCAGAAUAUGCAGCUGCAAAAGGAACAUACGCAAAGAGCAAAGGACUUGGUGGUAUCGCUAUCAGUGAUUUAACCAUGGACGAUUUCAAGGGUACUUGUUCUUAUGAGAAAUACCCUAUUUUGAGAGCAGCAUUGACUACUUUAGCUAGUCCCUACUGAACUGAGAACUUGUGAAAUUUGAUUCACUAGGAAUUUAGUUAAGAAUCUUGUUUAUUUGUAGUUGAUAUUUUUAAAUAAAAGAUUAUUUGUU